AUGGACAUUGAAUACUUUGCAGAUGUGGCUGUAGGUGCCUUGCCCAACAUCUUGAUCUGUGCCCUUGGCUCGAGGGAGGAGCCCGAGUUCGUGACCGCUCGCGCUGGCGAGAGCGUGAUCCUGGGAUGCGACGUGAUCCACCCGCUGACGGGGCAGCCCCCUCCCUAUGUGGUGGAGUGGUUCAAGUUCGGUGUCCCCAUCCCCAUCUUCAUCAAGUUUGGGUUUUACCCUCCCCACGUCGACCCGGAAUAUGCCGGCCGGGCCAGCCUGCACGACAAAGCCUCCCUGCGCAUCGAGCAGGUCCGCUCUGAGGACCAGGGCUGGUACGAGUGCAAAGUUCUCAUGCUGGACCAGCAGUACGACACCUUCCACAACGGCAGCUGGGUCCACCUCACGGUCAAUGCUCCCCCCACCUUCACGGAGACGCCGCCGCAGUACGUGGAGGCGAAGGAAGGCAGCAGUGUCACCUUGACCUGCAUGGCUUUUGGGAACCCCAAGCCCAUCGUCACCUGGCUGAAGGAGGGAGAACUUUUGGGUGCCAACGGCAAGUACCAGGUGAGCGACGGGAGCCUGACGGUGUUGUCAGUCAGCCGGGAGGACCGGGGUGCCUACACCUGCAGGGCCUACAGCAUCCAGGGGGAGGCUGUGCACACCACGCGCCUGCUCGUCCAAGGACCUCCCUUCAUCGUUUCUCCUCCGGAGAACAUCACAGUUAACAUCUCCCAGGAUGCACUCUUCACCUGCCAGGCCGAGGCGUAUCCCGGGAACCUCACCUACCUGUGGUACUGGGAAGAGGAGAACGUCUACUUCAAGAAUGACCUGAAGCUGAGGGUGCGGAUCCUGAUCGAUGGGACACUGAUUAUUUUCCGUGUCAAGCCAGAAGAUGCUGGAAAAUACACCUGUAUCCCCAGCAACAGCCUGGGUCGCUCACCAUCAGCCUCUGCCUACCUGACAGUGCAGUAUCCUGCCCGGGUGGUGAACAUGCCCCCCAUUAUCUACAUUCCCAUCGGGAUACACGGAUACAUCCGCUGCCCGGUGGAGGCAGAGCCCCCGGUCACUCUGGUCAAGUGGAACAAAGACGGACGUCCCCUGCGAAUCGAGAAGUAUGCUGGCUGGAACCUGCUGGAAGACGGGUCGAUCCGGAUAGAGGAGGCAACAGAAGAUGCUCUGGGCACUUACACCUGUGUGCCUUAUAAUGCCCUGGGUACGAUGGGCCAGUCUCCCCCUGCCCGACUGGUACUGAAGGACCCCCCCUAUUUCACGGUGCUACCAGGCUGGGAGUACAGACAAGAGGCAGGGAGGGAGCUGUUGAUUCCUUGUGCUGCUGCCGGAGACCCCUUUCCCAUCAUCGCCUGGAGAAAGGUAGGGAAGCCCAGCAGGAGCAAGCACAACACCCUGCCCGGCGGCACCCUGCAGAUCCGCUCCCUGGGCAAGGACGACCACGGCGAGUGGGAGUGCGUCGCCACCAAUGUCGUCGCAAGCAUUACUGCCAGCACCCACCUCACUGUCGUAGGCACAAGCCCUCACGCCCCGACCAGCGUGCACGUUGUGGUCGCCAUGACCUCGGCCAACGUCUCCUGGGAGCCGGGCUACGACGGUGGAUACGAGCAGACUUUCUCAGUUUGGAUGAAAAGAGCCCAGUUUGGCCCCCACGACUGGCUGUCUCUCCCUGUGCCAGUUGGUUCCAAUUGGCUACUGGUGGAUACUUUGGAACCAGAGACUGCAUACCAGUUCAGUGUCUUGGCUCAAAACAAGCUGGGCACCAGCUCCUUCAGUGAGGUGGUCACUGUGAACACUCUAGCAUUCCCUGUAACAACUCCAGAGCCUCUGGUGUUGGUUACCCCACCGAGGUGCCUAACAGCCAACCGGACACAGCAAGGCGUCCUCUUGUCAUGGCUUCCUCCCGCUAACCACAGCUUCCCCAUCGACCGCUACAUCAUGGAGUUCCGCGUCGCCGAGAGGUGGGAGAUCUUGGAUGAUGGUAUCCCGGGAACUGAGAGCGAGUUUUUUGCCAAGGACUUGUCCCAGGACACCUGGUACGAGUUCCGGGUCCUGGCGGUCAUGCAGGAUCUCAUCAGCGAACCCAGCAACGUUGCUGGCGUGUCCAGUACAGACGUAUUCCCUCAGCCUGACCUGACGGACGAGGGUCUAGCCCGCCCAGUCCUGGCUGGCAUCGUUGCCACCAUCUGCUUCCUGGCUGCUGCCAUCCUCUUCAGCACACUCGCCGCCUGCUUCGUCAACAAGCAACGCAAACGCAAGCUCAAGCGCAAGAAAGACCCUCCUCUCUCGAUAACCCACUGCAGGAAGAGUUUGGAGUCCCCGUUGUCUUCCGGCAAGGUGAGUCCCGAGAGCAUCCGCACUCUCCGUCCCCCCUCGGAGUCCUCAGACGACCAGGGCCCGCAGGCCAAGCGGAUGCUGAGCCCCACCAAGGAGAAGGAGCUCUCCCUUUACAAGAAGACCAAGCGAGCCAUCAGCAGCAAGAAGUACAGCGUCUCCAAGGCGGAGGCCGAGGCCGAGGCCACCACCCCCAUCGAGCUCAUCAGCCGCGGGCCCGACGGCCGCUUCGUCAUGGACCCGGCGGAGAUGGAGCCCUCCCUGAAGACGCGGCGGAUCGAGGGCUUCCCCUUCGUGGAGGAGACGGACAUGUACCCCGAGUUCAGGCAGUCGGACGAGGAGAACGACGACCCCGUUGUCCCCGCCUCCGUCACCGCCCUGAAAGCCCAGCUCACCCCUCUGUCCUCCAGCCAGGAGUCCUACCUUCAGCCACCAGCAUACAGCCCCCGCUUCCAGCGGGCGCUGGAGGGUCCCGGCGCCCUGCAGCCCACGGGCCCGGCCCGCCCGCCCGGCCCCCGGCCCGUGCCCACCACCACCAAGUGGCAGGACAAACCUAUGCAACCCAUGGGAUGUCAAGGGCAGCUAAGACAUACCAGCCAAGGUAUGGGCAUACCCGUGUUGCCUUACCACGAACCGUCCGAGCCCGUCGGCCCCAGCGGCACAAGCACAUUCAGCCUGGACACCAGGUGGUACGAGCCCCAACCCCGACCUCGGCCCAGCCCUCGGCAGGUCAGGAGGGCCGAGCCCAGUUUACAUCAGGUGGUGCUACAACCUUCGAGGCUUUCUCCGCUGACCCAAAGUCCCCUCAGCUCCCGCAACAGCUCCCCGGAGCUGACGGCUCGCCGCUGGACGUUGCUGGUGGGACCGGCCGGGCUGGCGGUGCCCAUCAGCGAUGCCGAGCAGCCAAAACCUCCACCUUCGUCCGGGGACGCUGCUGCACCUGAGAGGCUCGAAGCUCUGAAAUACCAGCGGAUAAAGAAGCCCAAAAAGUCAUCCAAGGGCUCCUCGAAAUCCGGAAAACAAUCCAAUGGCUCUGCCUCCCAGGUUCAGCACCUUCCCAGCUCUCAGGUACUGUGGCCUGACGAAGCUGUCUGCCUCCGCAAGAAGAAGAGACACCCUCGUCAGGACCCCUUCGCCCGCCUCUCGGCGUGUUUUGAGCCGCUGGGCACCCUGCUUUUCAUGGUCUUCGACCUUUAG